AUGUUUUGUUCGUCCAGUCUUGUAUCCUGUUUGUAUGCCGCCUCUUUCCUCACCACCCAGCUGGCCGCCAACCCGGUCGGCUCGGCUCCCUUGAGCUUCCAAGUCGAGCCCACCAGCCAAGUCUCCUCCUUCGAGGGCUGGCCGACGGACGAGCCGUCCCAAGCUGAACAACCCGCCCCGGAGGCCCUGCUUCCUGACACUGUCUUUGCCAGCGGACCAUCCAUCCAGCCCAACGAAGUCUACGAUUCUCUCCUGCCCAUCCCCCCCUUCGUUGGCCUCUUCCAAAGCCUCCUCAACUCGCUCUCCCUCUUGAGCCCUAGUUCUGCUCGCCCUGACCAUCAUCACCACCACUUCGAAAAACCAGUCGACUGUACCAAAUACACUAUAGGCGAGGUGCUCGACUGGGUACUUCAUCACACUGACAAGCCGUCUUCCGCUCCACGUUCUCAUGGCGAUUGUGGAAAUGAUGCUGGUGCUCCUCCCCUCCACCGCCUCGCAUGGCUCGUCAAUGUGUCGAGCCCCGUUCAAGAGGCACUUAACAAUCCCGACGCGGAUUUCACCCUCUUUGCUCCUGACGAUGACGCGCUCACGCCUCCCAAGAAGCGAGACGGCUGGAUGAAAAACCCCUUCGACCAAGCCUCCCGCAACUACGAAAAUACUCAUCUCUUUUGGGAUGCCCUUGAGGCCCUCGAAUCUAUGCGCGACUGCCGACACAUGAGCUUGUGGACUGAGGGAGAAGACGAUGAGAAGGAACGAAGGAAGAAGUUCUUCCUUCAUGCCGUCGAGAUGGUCCUCAAGUACCAUGUCUCACCUGGUAGCAAGAGAAUCCACGAGAUUCUCGACAGCAGCACCCUCCCAACUGCACUCCCGAUCUUACCCAGUCCCGAUGCCACCCGCUUCCGAAUCAGAGUUGGCCCCGCCCUGCCUCACCACAGCAAGCCCGGAGAGAUCGUGCUGAAUUUUUUCACCAAAUUAGAACUGCUUAAAUACCGGCCGAUUUUGACCAAGAACGGGGUGAUCUACAUUGUCCAAAAGAUCCCACUCCUCCCCCCGCUCUCUCCGCUCUCGGAGAUGUUCCUGUUCCCGAGGCCGUUCGCGACUCUGACUACUGCGCUCCAAAAAGUCAACCUGGAUUCCAGCAUGUUGCCCCGGUGGGAGAACAAGACCGUCCCCCUUUCCGUCGGAGCGGCAACCCCUCAGUCUUUGGUUCCCAGCUCUGCCUUGGACGGUAGCAUGGAUCUCGUCGACGAGCGCGUCCAGAGCGUCGUGUCCAGCUUGACUUCGGGGCACAGCGGAAAACUGUCCAAGUCCAGCUUCACCAUCUUUGCUCCUACCAACCGCGCCUUCCGCACCCUUGGACCGGCCGCAAACGCCUUCCUGUUCUCCCCCUUCGGCCAACACAUCCUCCGCUACGUCUUGUCGUACCACAUCGUGCCCGACGUCAUUUGGAAUACCGACCAUUGCGAACGGACCAAGGCGGGUGUCCCUCCGAUGGAAUGCGACUUGGACUCCCAGACCCGUGAAUUCGACCAGUUCUCUGCUCCCAUCGGCCUCCAUCCGUUCCCUCCCCUCCCCGGGAAAGUCAACGUUACCGAGUUGCAUUUGGGCACCUUGUUGGGCUCGCGCAGGAACGAGUCUUUGCCGGUGACCCUAGUGAAAUUCAGACACCUCGGAAAGGGCCCGACCAUCCGCCGGGUGUAUAUCAAGUCUCCCCGCCGUGACGAGCUCGGCUUUGGCCCACCAGACAAACACGCCAUCCCGGUCGUCGUUGCCGACGGCGUAGCCUGGGGCGGCGCGCUCCACAUGAUCCCCAAGCUCGUCCAUCCGCCCGUUCCCGAAGGCCAUCGCAAGCGCAAGGACGUCCAACGCGCCAUUGAGCUCUCUAUCCUUUCGCCUGCCUAA